GAGACCAUUGUCAUCAAUUAUAAGACAAAAACUCCCACGCUAUAAAGGAUGGUGCUCACGCGACCAGCACAGAACGCAUCCUCACCUGUGGCAAGUCGUGUGUUUUCCGUGGAUUGUGGUUUUGUUAAGGAAUACGAAUUCUUUUUUUAAAAUGGCGCUACGAGCACUGACGGUGAUGUUGUUCGUGUAUGGAUGCGCAGGCGCAGCCAUAGAUGCAGAUGAGACCGCUAAAGCCGCAGCCGCCCCUGAACAGGACAAUGACGAUCUAAAAACGGCAGCAAGUAACACUUACACUCGCCGCUUUUCCGACUAUGGUGGGUACAAUAACUACGGAGGGUACAACGGCUAUGGAGUGACCGGGUACGGCCUGGUCGACGACAAAUACAACUACUAUGGAGGCAACGGUGGCUACGACAACGCAAUCGGCUACGGGGGCGGUUACUCCGGAUAUCCGGCUUACAACGGUUACGGAGCCGGGUAUUCCGGAUAUAACAAAGGCUACGGUAGCACCGGCUAUGGCGGUAUAGGAGGUUACGGCGGCUAUGGUGGGUACGGGGGCAAUGGGGGCCUAAACUCUUACUACGGGUACAACAACCCCGCGUAUCAAAGCGGCAACCAUUUGGGAUACGGUUAUUACGGCAAACGAGGAUACGGUGGCAACAUCUACAGCAACGGUAUAACUCCUAGCCUAGUCACCGGAUACAGAGGAUAUUCUAGAAGAUAAUGUUAUUGUUUUAGAUAUAUUUUUUAUAACCUUAGAGUUAAAUAAUAGUACUAGCUAACCAAAGUGUAUUUCCAAAGUUAUUUAUAAAUAAAAAUGUAUGUAAAGCAGUCUAUGAUGUAAAGGAUAAGCAAAACUAAAUUAUGUACAGGAAAUGUAAAAUAAAACAAGAAUAUAAUGCA